AUGAGAAACAAUGAUGUAGACGAGUUCAUCGCACUUACGAAAAGUACACGACAGCUUGCCCGUGAGUUUCUCGCAAACAACAAUGGAGCGUUGGAAUAUGCGCUGAAUGACUUUUAUGAUACCUGUCAUGGUGGAUUUGUUACCGAAAUUAGACCACCGGCCCCUAAGCUGAACAAAUUGUUUGAUCGGUAUCGAUCCGAAAAGGCGGACAGCAUUUGUACGGAUGGGUUAGUCCGCUUUGUGUGUGAUCUGGGGCUGCAACUCGAAGAUCCCGUAACUCUUUGCAUGGUCCAUAUAAUGAAAUGCACCGGCCUACACGAUUCAAUCUCCAGGGAUCAAUUUGUCCAUAACUGGCAUGACCAAAUGUGUAAUGACCUCGCUGACAUCAAGGACAAACUACAGGAGCAAGAGAGCAAAUUGCGUACUGACAGCGAGUAUUUUGAAACUAUCUACAAUUAUACCUAUGGGCUCAUUUUAGAAUCCGAUCACAAACAGCUGACUGUGGAAGUCGCUGCAGAAUACUGGAAACUCUUUUUUGAUGACUCCAAAGGCUACAGAUAUGCCGUACAGCCAUCCAACCAGCUUAUAGAGCUCUGGUCUGCAUAUCUGCUAGAUCAAGACGUCCUCAGGAUCAGCCGCGAUGCGUGGCGGAUGUUUUUCAAGUUCGUAAGGAAAUACCCCACGAUUCAAGCAGUAAAGGAUAACUACAACGAGCUAGAUGCCUGGCCGCUACUGAUAGAUGAAUUCUAUGAGCACCUGGAUGAUCUAGGACUUCUGUAA